AUGCCUUCUCGCAAACUUUGGAGUGCCCUCCUCUCCAUCCCCCUUGGUACAGGUCUAGCCGCCUACACGUAUGCCUACACUUCGCCCGCUCGCCACGCGACUCUUUCCAAGCAACCAAGCCGCGCACACCAAAACUCGCCCACAAUGGCCCUCGCGAACCCGCGCGGGAUGCCCGUCUAUGGAGACAGUUAUACCAUCCGCAUUCCCCUGCGCGACCUGAAGCCCGGGAUUAGUGACGAAGAGAUCCUGGCCCGCUUCUCAAAAGGCUUUUUCGGCGGAUGGGCGUUCGCGCCGGAACGGUGGGCGCUGCGUGCAACAGGGCUGGCUAUGACAGAUUUUACCGCUUUUCAUGACGAAGAUCUAGCAUCAACACUCCCAACCCCGGUCUGGUCCCUCUCCCAGUUUAACAGAACCACGCUAUUUCCCCUCGGGACGUUGGUAUUCGGUAACUGGCAGCUCCUCGACUCCAGCGCGGCAAACCCAGAUAUCCGACGGAGACUAUAUCCCACCCAUAUUGAGUCUACCGGCGCCACGAAACAAAACCAAGCGUUCGUCGAGUACGUAGGCGGCUCAGAUAAAUCGCACAUGGUAUUUUCGGACCGCGUCGAGGUGGAGCGGGACGGGGAUGCUGUCAUAAUUACACAUUCUGGCUUCACAUGUGAUCCGCUCACUGGGGAGCCAGCGGUGCCGAGGGUUGUGAGGGAACUACUUCAUCCCGUGUUUGCGAAGAUGCUUUUGGGCGAUGGGAUUAGGGAGAUUUUAAGGCGAGGUUAG